AUGAGCAACCAACCAUGGCUAGACAGUCUGUCUGAUGACUGGCCAUCUCCAGCUUCGCCGAUCAGUCCAGCACCUAUUCUACCUGUUUUACCAGAGUCGCCUAAGACCAGUCAGCAAGGAACUCCUAGCCGCAUUCCUGUGCCUGCCCGGCGCUCCUUAGAGCAACGAUCCCCAGGAAGCAACAAAAAAGACAAGGUUACCCGACCAUGCCAUUUCCAUAGAAGAGAACCUCCGACUCCGAAAACACCCCGAACACCAAAAACACGCAAACCACGAUCGCCCUUCCCCGGUACUUUGGAAUCCAAUACCCCCAAUACUCCCAAGACCAACUCAAGGACCUACUCCAAGGCUAGUCCUAAAGCAAGUCAUAAGGUUAGCCCCAAGCCCACCCCGGGUGCGGCACGCAGGCAGCCCGCAAUGGAUACGCGUUCCCCUCUACGAUCGGUGUCAAAUGUCUCCAAAGCCUCCUCACAAUCGGAAUUCGACGGGACAGUUCAGAUUAAAACAAAAAAAGACAAAGACACAAAAGAGAGUACACCAGAAUGGCGAAGGCGACUAGUGCGCGGGGAAAUUGCCGCUGGCGAGCAACGGGAUCUGUUUGCGCCGAUGGGACUGGAAAGCGUGUUCAAGCCGCCGACACCUGGCGUUGUAACUGCGCAACAAGACUCUACCCCGUUUACGAAGCAGGACGACCAUCUGUGGGAUUUCGGCGACACACCUUCGCGACAGGAUAUGGACGAGUAUAACAGUCGCGACAAUGAACCCGAACGCGUCAUCAAUGAGGAUGAAAGGGAAGAUGGCGACCGAUUCCCGGAAGGAACCGUCAAUCGCACUCCUUGGGAGAAGAAUGGGGAGCUAGAUGUGGAUUGGGACCAGGAAGGCUUCUCACAACCGGGGAAUACACAACUACGGACAGCUAGUGGGCUGGAGGAUCUGCGCAACGAGGGAAUUACACCCAUAACCUUCUCCCGAAACAACACCGUUGAUGGCAAUGGGACUUCAGAAGUUAUCAAGUCCGCGCUGAAGCAGGUCACCAACAAGUUGGAAAGCCUGUCUAUCAAAAAUGACAGUCGCCCGGACUCCCCCGCAAGCGAUAGCUUCCUCUUCUAUAACCAUAGUGAACCUCACGCGGAUGGGUCUCCUCGAGAUGACAGCCUAUUGGACGUGACCAGUCAUUCUCUACCCCAGGACCUGUCUAUGGGGACGGUGGACUUUAACAGUCGGCGAGGAAAUCGUUCCUUCCCUCGGCGAUUCUCCCCUUCGCCCUUUCCUUCGCACCGUUUGUCCCCCACAACCCUCGCCAACUCUAAAAUCCGAAGUUCCCCCUUGUUCAAUCCCCCUCAGAAGACCGCGUCACCUGGUUUACCGCGUCCUUCCUCAUCUCAUGUUCGGCCAUCCACGGCGGGAGCAGAGAGUGAGUCCAAGAUGCCGUCAUCAGGGAGUCCAUUGAAGCUUUUCGGUAAUCAUGACACAUUUACUAAUAACAGACUUCUGCGGCGCAUGAGCCAGUUUGAAGACAAUUUCAGCGACGCAUCAGAAGGAGAGGAGCCCCCUUCGCCCUCAGAAGAAGCGCGAAGAAAAGGCGAAAACCGCGGCUUUCCAAAUGCAAGAAAUGAACCAUUACAGGAGAUUUCUCCUAGACGAAACGAACGUGUUGGUUCCCGUAAUGCUGUAUAUCGGAUCAGCCAAUUUGGGGGUGGCGAGUUGGACAAAUUUGAUUUCUCAGACACCAGUCCCUACGAGCACAAAUUGGUAUACGAUGAGGCCAGAGGGUUUGGCUCCCGCCCGUCUUCGCGCAAGCGAUCAUCAACCCGGCAGCAAUAUCUUCGUGGCCCCUCACAGCAAGGCUUGUAUCAUUACGCCAGAUCAGCGAGCUCGGGCUUCACCAGGAAACCAUCUGCCUGGAUGCGUCAGGAUUUCUUUGAUGAUAUGCGGCAAGGGACUCGUCCGAAUAAUAAGGAAAAUAUGGCCCCUGAUGUCAAGCGAGUACCCCGGGCUCCCGGCAUGGACCCCACCCCUAAACGACGUCGGACAAUUAUGAGAAACUACAGCGCUGAGCCUCAUCACAAUGGCAAUGGCGGUUCGCUUCAAAAGUACGGUGACAGCAUGUCAUUGUUGCAACGAAGUCUUAUGCAACAUGGUGUACAGCUGGAAAAUAGUGAAUACCUUGCUCCACCGGGCCUUUCUCAAUCAAGGCAACGACCUCGAACACCCACACCCAGCCAAAUACGAACCGACGGGGAAAGCAAUAUGGCACCGCACAGAGAUUUCUCCGAAUCCCAUUUCGACAAUAAUGAUUAUUCCGAUUCUUUUUCCAUUGAUGGUGACGUUCCACUAGUGAGGAUUACUGGCACCAGUGAUACCUCACGAAAAGGAUCUAUUACCACUCAGGAUUAUUUAAAUGAGGCUACGAAGAUCAUGGAUCUCAUCAGAUCCAAAGGACGCGGUGCAGCUGGAUUGACAAGUGUACAGGAGUCUGACGUCGAAAGUGAAGGCGACGACUUCAGCGACGACGACGAAUCCACCCGGGAAGCCUUUUCUCGCCCUCCGAGCCGUGACGGAACAGAUCUCCGGAAGCUGAGAGAGGUCAAGGAGUUGAAUCCGUUGAUCUUGAGUCACCUGAAAAAAUAUCAGGAGCAAGAUGAUCCAAAUGAUCGCGAAAUGUCCCUGCAUGCUCGUCAUGGCCAGGACGAGGGCCAAACCGAGCUUGGUGAAUCCAAUUCGCAAAAUAUACGAAUUCAAGGACCGAGGAAACGAAAGACUAGUGGCAUGACUGAUGACACUGCUGAAAACAUCGCCCAGGAUCUGAUGACUAUCAACACGCAAAUGUCUGGCUUCAGCGUCACCUCUGUACCCACAGGCUCCUCGCAAAGUUCCCAAGUGAAGGGUAUGCUAGCUUCUGACCUUGUAGCCCACUUGAUCCCGAAUGAGGUCAACGGCUUCAAGUAUGACCGUGCAAAGAACCAAUGGGUGAAAGAUGAGGCGGAAGAACCACAGGCGCCAGUUGCCGAAGCCCCUGAGGAGGCCGAUGAUCCAUUCAGGGAUAUUCCAGAUCUUAGUGUAGACGAGCUCCAGGAGAUGAUGCGAGUUCAUGGUCUCAGUUCUCCCCCAAAGGGCGACGCUCCACCUGAUCGAGAUCGAGAGCAAAUCAAGGCCCGCGGUCCUUUGGCUGCCAACACGUCCCCGAAGAAACCUGCUGCUCGACCACACACGAGGGAUGGAGAACCAUCUCUCGAUGCAAGCUCGGUCCAAUCAAGAAUUACUCGCUUCACGUCCAGUGUUCCUAACACUGGGACAAGAGCUACAUCAUGGGGCACGGACGAGACCGCAGAAAGAAAAACCUCCGAGCAACGAAAACUUGAGGCCCAGCGCGAGGACCCGUUGUCUUCGAAGACCCCUCGAUCUCUAGGAAAACAAGCACGGGUCUCGACAGUCAAUCUCUCAUCGCCUGUUAUUUCACGUCCCUCUUCUCGGGGUGAGCGUGAUACCGCCCAGUCUGAUCCCAACGCGAAUCACACCUACCUCGGAAUUGUGCCAGAUGAGGAUACAGACCACGGAAAUGGACCAAUACGGCCAUCUGUUCCUCCCACGGGGCGUCAAACUUCAGUCGGUGGACAGCCAUUCAUUCGACGUCCCAUCUCUAGAAUUGAGGAGAGGAAUGAGGAGACUGUUGAUGACCAAAGCCUCGUUCGCAGGAACGACUCACUUCAUGUUCAAGAAACGCCUGCUAGAGCUGGAGCAGAGAAUUCUUUGAUACCUCUCCAGAGCGCUGGGCCUGACACAAGCUACAGCUUCCACCUCAGUCCACUUGCGGACUUUACCGUCAAUCAAGGUGAUAAACCCUUGAACCUUGAAAUGACCUAUGUGGCGCAACGUACAAACCCGUCCUCUUUGCGACAAGUGCACGGGACGUUCGCAUUGGCAACCGAAGAUUUGAUCAAGCAUAUUACCGACGUUGAACCAUAUGAGCCUUAUUGGGAACACGUGCGCCGCCUUGUAUUGCGCCGGAAGGGAUUGAUUACAUUGCACAAGCUGAACGAAUUCUGCCCCCGACUAGAGGAGUUAGAUGUUUCCGAUAACGAUAUUGGCCAAUUGAGUGGCAUUCCCUCGACCCUGAGAACCCUCAAGAUCCCUAGAAACUGCCUCUCUAACCUAACACCCUGGGGUCACAUGAUGAAUUUGCAGUAUUUGGACGUUUCGGGAAAUGAUAUUGAGACGUUGGAUGGCUUCGCGAGCUUGAUUCAUCUCAGGGAAUUAAAGGCGAAUGACAAUCAGAUCCGCAACAUAGAUGGGAUUCUUGGUCUGAAUGGCUUGCUAAACCUAAAGCUGAGCAACAACUCUAUCACUGCAGUGGAUUUUGAAGGGACCGAGUUGACACGCCUUCGCGAUCUUGACUUGAGCCAUAACUGUCUGACAUCUGUUCGGAAUCUCGAAUGGCUUCCGUCACUUACCGCUCUUGAUGUCAGCGCCAAUCAGAUCAGCCGUUUCGAGUCCUCUGCUUCACUUAUCAGUCUCCGCGCUCUGAAACUUUCUGAAAAUAAAUUGGAAGCUUUGGAUGCACGAGCUUUCUCUUCUGUGAGCCUUCUCUACCUCGAUCAAAACCAUCUUUCUACCGUUACUGGCCUUGAGACUUGUCACAAUCUCGAGGUACUAUCUCUCCGAGAGCAGACACCGUCCAAAAAGGACGUUGAACACAGGCUGGAUAUUGAUUUGGGACUUGUCAAGGAUGUUCGCAAAGUCUUUUUAUCCUCUAACAAGCUUUCUCGCGAAAGUGUCUGCCCUUCUGCUCCGCUUCUGCGACUUCAACUUCUUGAUAUAGCUGCAUGCUCAUUGAAAAGUCUCCCGAGCGAUUUUGCUUUAAGCUUCCCGAACCUCAAGGUCCUGAAUCUGAAUUUCAACUCGGUGGAUGAUGUUGAGCCACUUGUUGGAAUGAACUGUCUUGCCAGGCUGAUGAUCGUCGGCAACCGUCUCUCAAGGAUGAGAAGGGUCUGUCAAAUCCUCGGUCGACUAGGAAAAACCGGAAAAGGAACUGCAUGUUCCUUACGCAAGCUUGAUCUCCCGGUGACUGGAAGUGGCAAUGCCGAUCGCAAGAACUUAAAAUCUCAAGAGCAAGCAGUCGUCCGGCACCAAAAAAGCCACAGGAAUCUUUCUGAUGCGCUAUCUGAACUCGGAAACGAUGAUCAGAUCUCUCAUCGCGCCACAACGGGCGAUGGGCCGAAGACCGAGCGAGAAAUCGAAGUCGACGACCCAUACACAGUCCCGUUCGCCGACCCGCAAGCGGAUAUGAAGUACCUAAGGCACCUCGAUCAAGCCACACGUCUACGCCGAAGAGUGUUAGAACUCUUGCUCUAUGCCGGCACAAGUGGCUCUAUCCACACACUCGACGGACUAGACCUUCGGCCCUCACUAGGCGACGAGUGCUCCGACAUGAAUAAAGCGUGGGACAGACUGGAGCAUCUUGGUGUAUUGCGGAGGAAAGCGAUCAAAAAUUAG